UCAUUGUGUUGUUUCGGCGCGUGCUCUGAAGUAGUACUCAAACGCAUCGCUGUCAGUGUUCGUUGUACGUUCGUGGUUAGAUUUUGCCAUCCACGCAUGCGGAGACUCACUUAGGUACGCGGGCGCAGGCGCGAGCGCAGGCGCAGGCGCAGGCGCACGCAGUUUGCUCAUCAUCGCGGGCGGCAAGUCAACUCCAGUUGAGUGGGGCUACUACGGAAGGCAGCGUAGCUUGCUUUUCAGCGAACGUUGCUUGUGGUGGGUAAGGCAAUUCAACGAAAGAUCUUGCAGCCGAAGAGUACGUUUGGGCGUUUAUUGCCUAAGAAGAGCGACGGCUUUCCACUCGUUCGUGGCAAAUCAGAGAGGAGUUAAACUCAGAAGAAAGGGAGAGAGAGGGAGAGAGAGAGAGAUUGCAGGAGACAGAGGAGAAAAUGAGCUACAGAGGCGAUGACGACGGCAUCCCCACGGGCCGUCCCAAACUGAACCUGCAUCCCCGGAGUCAGAAUGCGGAUGCAGUCCCUCCGCCGAGCAAUCCGAGCAAGCCCAAUCCUUUUGGAGCUGCUCGGCCUCGGGAGCGAGUAAUUGCAGAGAGGGAAGGGAAAUCAGAGUCGGAAUUGCUCAAGGAGCUAGCGGCAAAAGAAUGGAAACCAAAUAUUGUGCUGACCGAUGCACAGAGGGAGGAGAGGAAAGCCGUUGAAGGAGAGCUUAAUUUUGCAAAGAGAGAGCUGGAGACAGAGGUUGACCCUGUCAAAAUCAAAGCUCUCCGUGAAGAAGUUGCACUGAAGGAAAAGCAGCUCGAGGACUUGCUUGCUUCCUUCGAGAAGCUCGCAGUUACGCAAGCUGUUUCAGGAGGGGCAAGGCGGCCAUCUGAAAGGCGGCGAGAAGGUGAAUCACAGGAGAGGGCUGAGGGGUAUUCAAGUUUCAAGGACCGUGACGAUCGCCAGUCGUAUGGUGAUACAUGGAGUGGUUCUCGCGGCAGGGCAAGCAGUCAAUGCUAUCGCUGCGGAGAGACUGGUCACUUUUCAAGGGACUGCCCCGUCGCCCCCCCUCCAGGAGGUCGUAGUCGAAUGGGAGCAGGACGGCCCGGAGGACAAUGCUACAACUGCGGAGAAGAGGGACACUUCUCUAGAGAGUGCCCACAGCCAGCAAAUUAUGGUGGUGGACGAAGUGGUGGAAGCUAUGGUGGUAGCUUUGGGGGUGGAUAUGAGCGGAGUGGGAGUGGUGGGUAUGACCGUGGGGGCUAUGAUCGUGGCGCCACUUAUUCCAGCGGUGGCGGCGCAGCUAGCUAUCCCUACUCGGAUGCUGGGGGGUACGGAACUUCAAAUGGAGGCUAUGGAAGAGAUGAGUAUGGGUCACGGGACUACAGUUAUGGUGGCCGAGGUAGCACAGACUACAGCUCGGGCAGGGGUGGAGGUAGCGAUUAUCCGGGCUUUGGUGGACGGGGUGGAGAUUCAGGUGGUCGCGACUAUGGUGGGAGGGGUGGAGACUAUGGCCGCAGUUACUGAACGGCAUCCAUGCCGACAUGGCUCCUUGGGAAAGUGUAUCCCAUUGGAACCUUCUAAAGGGGUCCUCGAUGCUCGUCUGCUGCAUUAGUGUGGGGGACUUGAAAGAGGUCCUCGACACUCGUCUGCUGCAUGGGUGUGGGGAAAUUGUGGCACGACUUACAUUGAGUGUUCUGAAGUGUACAGUUACGUAGUUAGUGUGGGAGCUGUAAAAACCAGGCUCCUCCUAGUAGUUUGGUUGGUCUUUCUUGUCGGUGAGGGAACAGGGGAGAUGCGGUCAUCUGCAUUGCUGCUGUGCGGUUUAGUUGGGACAUUUGGUGCAUAUCGGUCUGGUCGAGAAGGGUGAUUGGGAACAUGAGUGGGGGUGGGUGGGGGGGGGAGGGGAGCUAAAUCAAGACAAUGAAUGAAACAUUGAACAAGAGUAUUACAUGUUCAGGAGCUGCAAUUCACACCCUGAGAAGAAGCAGAGUGAGUUUGUCAUUCUUUUGGUGGCGCUGUGAGGAGGGGGAGCUGAAGGUUGUUUGUCGGGUCGUUUUGGAGCUGGGGGGCGGGUCAGAGAAAUUGUGAGUCCGUGGGCACAGAGAAUGUUGAAGCGAAGGCAUUACCAUCCUGCACAGUGUGUUCGGUGAUAGCAAGAGAACUCCAGGGGGUGCGAUUCCGGACGGAGAGGGAAGCAUGGCGGAACACAGGGGAGUUGCAUAUGAAGCGGAUCUCUACGACAGUGCUACUCUACGUGGCUGUGGUAGACCCCUUGGGUUUGUACCGAUGUCAAGUGCAUUGGUCUGUGGAAACCUGAACGAUGCUGGUGCGAUUCCGGAUUAGAGUACUCAACUUGGAGAAAAAUGAAAGUUUGAAAGGUGCUGGUGUUAACAGCUAUCUCAUUUUUCAGGAAGCAUGGAGGAACAGAGCAGUGUGCUAAUUAUUAGAAAGAGUUGUUCGCGGUUUUUGGCCAGAUGCCAGGAAUACACAGAGACAGAAGGCGGUAACCGGRGGGRGGKGGGGGGGGGGGGGGGGGGGGAGGAGAAUUUAGCUGAUAUAUCUUCGAGGGGGUGCCGACAGAGGGGUGUUUUCACCAUAUAGCUUCCUGAUAAGAGGCUGUGUGUGUGUGUUCGGAAACCCUAUGUCUCGUUUGCUUUUGUGCAUCUGUACCAGGACGCGAUGUGGUCGGCUUUCUCUGCUCAGGAAUUGGAGGGGGAUGGGUUUAAGGGGGGGGGGGGGGGGGGGUUGGGAGCUGUUGUGGCAGGGCCUUCCUUGGUUUGGGCCAUGUACGCCCUUGAAGAAUGGUUCACGUCUUCAUUCAAAGUGGGCUUUGAAUGACGCCAUUCGUCUUUUAUGCGUCCUGACCUCCAACAUAUCGUCUGCGAAGCGGGGCCGCAGAGGUUCGACCACAUGGACGGGUAGAUGUGUCGUCUGGGUUCUCAUGAUAAAAAAGCGUGUCGUCCAGGUGUGCCUCUUCAUCCAUUAAUAGGGAAGGACUCUUUCACCACUGCCGUGCCUCUGUAUUUCACUUUCAAAUGUUUCCGUCUCGUUUUUCGUUUUGCUCGUGCAAUUCAUUGUUCUUUGAACCAUCUCUCUAUGGAGCUGGUGGAUGGAUACUGGGUAUUUCUUUCUGUGGAUCUUUCUCGAUCAAUUUGCCUUUUCACUCAUCGACGCAGCAUUUGUUUUGCAUCCGCAGGUUGUGCAUCCUAUGCUUUGUUCAGCCAAGCGCAACGGAGAACUUGCAGGCCAUUGUGCGUUGCCAAUGAACUAGCGAAAGUGCAGCAGAAUGUAUACUGGGUGAAACUUUUCCUAUGCCAUUCGACUAGCAACGACUUCUAUAUCUAAAUGAACCUUUCACACACAG